AUGGAUCAAAAUCUUAAAAAUGAUAUCUUCGGCACUAUUCCCAAUUAGAAACGUAUAGUUUUCUUGGGUGCAACAAAAAACUUUUUUAAAAUAGGCUAUUACACGAUUCAUUAUUUAUCUCAAAAUUAUCCAGAGAUAAAGCUAAGGCUUGCCGUUCCAAAUAUUGAGGAUGCCAGACCAUCUUGCGAAGGAGCUAAUGUUGAAUUAGUACAAUGGGAUCCAAAUAAUAGUGAAACCUUGAAUGAGGCCUUUAAAGAAUGCACUGCUUCUCUACUAGUUCCUCCAAUUAAUAAUCGCGUAAGUGUGAGCAAAAAGUAUAUUGAUAUGGCAGUGAAGCACAAAUUAAAUUUCCUGAUUAAUUCAGGAGUGCAGUUCACUAAUUAAGACAUCCAAAUUGGUGAAGAAUCAAACCAAGUAAUAGCUAUGUUGGAUAAUUGUGGGAUAAAGUACUGCAAUCUCAAUCUACCAAUGUUUUUAGAGAAUCUGCUUUACUAAGUAGAUGAUGUUUUUGAAAAAGGAAUUUUUGGAUUUCCAUGCAAUAAAAAUUCAUCUUUUUCCUACGUUUCUUGCAAAGAUCUUGGAAAAAUUAUUGCAGAUAUUUUUGUGCAAGAAAAGGUUUACGAUAAUACAUUUUGGACUGCACCAGCACAAGUGAGCAUUGUACAAAUAGAAUAAACUUUCACUAAAAUGAUGGGAAAGUAGAUUUAAUUUGUCUAAGUCUCAGAUCAAGAUUUUAUUGACAGUUUGCUAAGGGACACAGGAUCCGCUUCUUCAAUAGAAGCUGCAAAUUAAAUCCUUGAUAUUUGGAAAAUAAUUGAAAGAGGUGAAGACGUUCAAGCAAAUAAUAAUUUGAAGAUUUUACUAGGAAAAGAACCCUAGACAGCCUCAGAGUGGGUUUUUGAACAUAGAUGCUGCUUCAACAAAGAAAGAUCAUGCAUGCACCCUUAACCUCCCAAAAAGAUCAAAAUAUAAAGUCCUACUUAAAAUCAAGAGUUGCAAGUGAUUAACAUUGACGAAGCGAACAAUACAUUUGAUAAGCAAAAUAAUUUAUAGAUACCUACUAGUGAUAUGAAGAGAUUAUCUAACUUUAGAUAUCGUUUAUGA